UUUGCUCUUGUAUCUUUGCAAGAGCCGUUAUGAUCAGAGCGGCCAAGCGGCAUAAGUCCAAGUGAAAAGUGAGUUAGUGAGACAACGACGCUUUGACAUAUAAAAAGAAUAAACAAAAAAAUAGUUGCUAAACUCACAAUUAAAAGCACAUACAUAACUGUGGAAGUGGACUUAUUAAAACGCGUCUGUAAGUCGAAGAACCAGAGCCAGCGUCGAGCAAAAACGAAAUUCGAGCGUUUGGUUAAUUUAAUCGCGCAGUCGCUGUUCAGCAGGACAAAGCGAGGCUCGCAACGAUAGGAACAAGAAAAUCAACAGCAACCACUAGCAGAACAACACAAACACAUUUCAAAAUGGCGCCGACAAAAGGUACCACACGCACUGCUGCAGCAAGCCAAGUCACUAUGAAUGCAAUAUUACCCAUGGCAGCGGUCAAAGGCAAGGGAUUGACGCGACGAGUCAACAAUGGUAUCCUGGAUUCCAAUGUGGAGAACAUGCAGACGCGCGCCAAACGCAAGGCUGAUAACAGUCCCAUUAAGAAUGAUAAGAUCAAACGCUCGGCACUGGGUAACUUGACUAACAAUGUGAAGAUCAUGACUCUGCAUGCCAGCGACGAGGAUGCCAAGCCCCUGACCAAGAAGCCCACUGCCCAGCAACUCCAGGUGUUGCUAGAUGCUCAAAAAGUUGAUCAUGUUACUGUCCCACUUGCAGUUGUGCCAAAUAAAAUAAUGACUCGUGCCUCAACCAAAUCAGAGGACGCUGUGGAGAACUGCCACAAGGUGCUGGAUAAGUUUGAGGAGGCGCUGGCGCGACAGAAGACACGCAGACCAGCAGCAGUGCCAAAGAAGCCGGCAAAGUCAGCAGCCAGCAUGGCUAUGCCGGCACCCGUACAGAAGCUAUUGGCGCCACUGCCACCGCCAGCACAAGCUGCGUCAACGGCAAUUAAGCCGGCGCGCCGCAUAUCGAAUGAUUUUAACAAGACUGAGGAUAGCCUCUACAUGUCUGCACUGGAGGAUGUCUCUAGCUGCGACUCCAUGCGACUGUCUGGCAAUUUUGAAGCGGCACGUCGCCGCUCAGCCAAGCUACAAACAAAGACUGAACAGGCAGAGCUGCCAGCUACCAUAAUUGAAGAGAAUGUGCUCAAACCUCCAGUUGCUGUGGUACCCGCCGUACCCCCGGCGCCCCCAGUGCCUGAGGAUGUGGAGGACUUUGAUCGCAAAAACUGGGAUGAUCCCUUCCAAGUGUCACACUACGCCAUGGACAUAUUUAAUUAUUUGAAAAUGCGCGAGUCGGAGUUUAUCAUUCCCGACUAUAUGCCAAAGCAGAUUAAUCUGACGCCAUGGAUGCGCACAUUGCUGGUGGACUGGAUGGUCGAGGUGCAAGAGACAUUCGAGCUGAACCAUGAAACUCUCUACCUAGCUGUCAAAAUUGUCGAUCUCUACUUGAGCCGCGAAGUAAUCAACAAGGAGAAGCUGCAGCUGCUGGGCGCCGCGGCCUUCUUUAUUGCCUGCAAAUACGAUGAACGCCAGCCGCCACUAAUCUCCGACUUCUUGUACAUUUGCGAUGGCGCCUACACUCACGACGAGCUGGUCAAAAUGGAAAUGGAGACGCUGCGCACCAUCAAAUACGAUCUCGGCAUCCCACUCUCGUAUCGUUUCUUGCGUCGAUACGCUCGUUGUGCCAAGGUGCAAAUGAACACGCUCACCCUGGCGCGCUACAUCCUGGAGUACUCGCUUAUGGAUUAUGACACCAUUGGCUCCAGUGACUCACAGCUGGCAUCGGCUGCGCUCUUCAUGGCGCUGCGCAUGAACGGCGGCCUUGCCAACUUGCAGAAGCAGGCCUGGACCUCAACGCUCAUCUAUUACACGGGCUAUGAACUGACGGACUUUGCGGAUAAGAUUCUUCUGCUGAAUGCUGGACUGCAUCGCAAACCGCGCAGCACCAUCAAAACGAUACGCAAUAAGUAUACGCACAAGAUAUUCCAUGAGGUGGCCACUGUGCCGCUGCUUAGCAAUGAACAGCUCUUUAUGAGCAAUCUCGAUCUGAAUGACAGCAGCAUGAGUACUUGAGAGCGAGAGAGAAAGAGAGACAAACGUCAAUUAGCCAAAAAUUGAUAUCGAGCAACAAAAAAAAAAAAACAAAAUGUUACGCUUCACUAGGCAUUAAGACGCUUCUUGUACUAAAACUAUAGACAAGCCCUAGCCCCUCAUCUAUCCCAACAAUCUCAGCACAGACAUCCCCUUUAAAUCUUAACAAACAUUUUUUG